GUCGGCGGAAGCGGCUUAGCAGAAGCUGUUUGAAGAGAUGCCCCUGAGGGCGAAGGAAGAGUGUGGGGUUUGCAUUGAAUAGUAAUUGUAACCAACAAUGAGAAGAAAAGUGGCAGGAAGACUUAGGCUUAGUCCUAAUGAAGAAGCUCAGCUGUUGAAAGAAGAACACGAAAGAAGAAGAAAAUUAAGGCUGCAACAGGUCAGGGAACAGGAGCGGAAUAUUGCUUUGCAGAUAAGGCAAGAUGUUAAGCAGCGAAGAGAUGAACACCUGAAGCAGUUGGCCGAAGAACUGGCGGCAGAAUGGCAGAAAACGCAGGAUGAGAAAAUUAAAGCUCUGGAAAAUCUAUACCUGUCAAGUUUAAGAGCCAUAGGAGAAGGGCACAAAGAGGCAAAGGAAAAUGAGCCUGAUUUGGAGGCACUGGCAAAGCAAGCAGAAGAAAGGAAAGAAACAGCAAAAAAGAGGUAUAAGGAAGCACUGAAAAAACAGAAAAGUCAGAAGGAGAAAUUCCUGAGAGAACAAACCAGGCGAGCCAAUGCACGAAAGCAUGCAUUUGAGGUAGAAAAAGAAAGAGCGGCUAGAGUUGCGAACCUGCCUCCUCCUCCCCCCCACCCUUUUGAAUAUGAGUGUUGA